AUGAAAGUUUCAAGCAGCAAGCUAGGUCGGGCACGUCGCCGCGGCAGCUGGGGCGGUGCGGGGUGCGGGGUGCGGGGUGCGGGACGGUGGGGGAGGCGGAGCGCGGGACGUGCGGGACGGCGGGGGGGCUACGGGCGGUGCAGCGUGACUGCUGGCAUCGAUCGCGAGAAGCGCCACGUGGCCGCGAGGCGCCCCGCGCCCCACACCACGGGCCCGCGCCCUGAGCGCCCACGCGCCUACUAUGCAAGCAUGCUAUUUUACUACGCUCACUACGGUCUACGUUCCUACCAUACGCCCGAUUCACAACUUUUUACGCUCCUAUUUGCACCUUCAGUGAUAGCCUGUGAUCAGCGCAUAUCAUCAAUGAUUUUGAAGUAUUGUAUUCUUGGCCCUGAACGA